UGCAAAACAGUCACAAUCAAACCAAACCGUAUGCUUCCUAUCUUUAACCAACUCCCUUUUACCAAGCAAAUAUGCCUGCCCAAGGACACAGAUUAUACGUUAAAGCCAAGCACCUGUCUUACCAACGCAGUAAGCACCACAUUCAACCAAACACAUCUUUGGUUAAAGUUGAGGGCUGCGACUCCAAGGAAGAUGCUCAAUUUUACUUGGGUAAGCGCAUUUGCUUUGUUUACAAGUGCAACAAACCUAUCCGCGGAUCUAAGAUCCGUGUCAUCUGGGGUACCAUCGCUCGUGCUCACGGAAACUCUGGUGUAGUCCGUGCUCGCUUUGUUCACAAUCUCCCCCCUAAGACCUUUGGUGCAUCUCUUCGCGUCAUGCUUUACCCUUCUAACAUUUAAAUAAAAUUCAUGUUGCGCUUGGUAAAAAUGAGCUUUACUUUUCUUUUACACUCACAGGUUUUUCCAAUUGAUGUGAUGGAAUUUCAUUAAACGACUACCGUAAUUUGGUUACUAUUAUUUGCCAGCGAUAUACUUUUAAAAAAUAAUACUAAAUGUUUGUAGUCGAGGUAAUACUAUCUCCG